AACUCUCGGGAACAAAACUUCCUGCAAUCCUCCCUCCAGACAGAGACAGAGCGAGGAAGAGACAGAGACAAGAUACAAGAGCAGAGACACAGUGUCUGCAAUGCCCACUGUCUCCAAGAUGAUUCCCAUCGUUGUUCUGGUUCUGCUGUUAGUCUCAGGAGCUCUCAGUCCAGAUCCCACAGACCCCGAACCAGGCUGUCACCGUUACCCUUUCAAUGUUACUAUUAAGAGUGAUCGACAGGGGACGUGCCGAGGAUCCCAGCUGAUCCAUGCCUGUGUGGGUUACUGUGAAUCCAGUGCUUUUCCCUCCAAAUCCUCCGUGCUGCUGGCUAGUGGGUACAAGCACAACAUCACCUCCGUUUCACAGUGCUGCACCAUCAGCAAGAUGCUAAAGGUCAGGGUCAGUCUGUUCUGUGGCCCUCGCAAGGAGGAGAUUGAGAUCUUUACGGCUGGGUCCUGUCGCUGUGACAUGUGCCGCUUGUCCCGAUACUGAAAUCCAUUGUGAGCACGGCUCCCCCGGCCCUGAGCUCAGGGCCCUUGAUGGAACAUCGCUCAUGGCCUCUCGGCACCUAUUAUUACAACCAAUAA